AUGGGCGAUGCUGGUUCGACCGCGACCCAAACACCUGAGGUCAGAGAUGUUGUCCCAGUGCUUGUCAUCGGCGCCGGUCCCGCCGGGCUGUUAAUGUCGCAUAUCUUGAAUCGACAGGGAGUUAAAUCGUUGAUUGUGGAGAAGUAUACCACACGACUCACUGCGCCCAAAGCGCAUGCCAUUGGCCCUCGAUCUUUUGACAUCCUCAAACAGUCUGGCAUAGACAUUCCCCGACUUAGAGCCGCCGGGACGAAGCGAGACGAGAGCCGAUGGGUGUCAUUGGUGACCAGUAUGGCUGGCGCUGAGCUGCAGAAAUACCCUUACGAACGCAUGGAUGUCGACGUUUUGGAUGCAACCCCGGAAAUGUUCCACAAUAUCUCCCAGCCUGUCACGGAAAGUCAUAUCGCUGAACAGCUACAAGGGGUCGUCGAGAUCCGCAAAGGUCAUCAAUUCAUUUCAUGUGUCAAUGACGAUGAGGGAGUCACCACUGUUGUGAAGAACCGCAGCACAGGCGAGUACUAUGCUGUUCGUUCGAAAUACUUGAUAGCCUGCGACGGUGCCAGAAGCAUGGUGCGGGAGAACGUGGGCAUUGAGAAUCAUCAAGAGAGCUCUAUAGAGACUCUGAUGACUAUCGAAUUGACUAUCGAUGUCCGUCCCAUCGUGAACGACCGGAGACGAAUGUUGUACAUCCUGUUAAACCCCGACCUGAGUGGUUCUCUAAUCGGUUACGAUCUGGGAUCCAAGAUUGUCCUUACAACCAAGGUCAAUCAAGCCGUUAUGCCUAUCGAAAAGUGGAAUGUAGACUUCUGCAAGCAGUUGGUGGAUGCAGCUCUAGGGACUUCUGUCCCUUACACCGUCGACAGCUUCCGCCCCUGGAUUCUUGGGCGGAAGGUGGCAAAGGCCUACAGCAAGGGGCGUACCUUUCUUGCUGGUGAUGCCGCUCACUCUUUCCCCCCGAGUGCAGGUAUUGGCUUGAAUACGGGUCUCGCCGACGUUCAUAAUCUGGCCCUGAAGAUUGCAGCAGUCGAAAAUGGGUGGGCGAAGCCGAGUACCUUGGAAUCCUAUGGCGCUGAACGACGUCCUGUUGCCGAUGUCAAUUCGCAUCGCAGUUACUGCAACAGCCAGCGAAUCCACAGCAUGAUCAGCCAGCUAGGCCUCACCGAAACCGACAAGACAAAGGCCCGGCGGCUCUUUGAACAGGCCUUAACUGAUGUAUCACAAAGAGAAAACCUACAAAAGGUCAUGGACGAGUUGGCCAAUAACUUUGACAACCUCGAACUUCAUAUUGGCUUCGUCUAUGGCGAUCCUGUCUAUCCGGAGAAUCCAUCGAACUACCUGCCAAAAUAUGUCCCUGGCGCCCGCCUUCCUCACCACUGGAUUCGGGAGCUGAAUGAUGAGCUUAUGAAGAAUGUUGCUCCCGUAGAUCUAACGCAUAUCAGUGAGCUUGCGGAUGAAGAAAAGGCCCUACGACGAUAUUCUACGCUUGACCUAUGUGCUCCCAGUGGGCUGACACUAAUUGUCAACAAUAGCAAGGGCCAGGAGGAACGGGUGAACGCGAUCAAGGGCUUGUUCGCGUCUACGUUUACCCCCACCACCGCACCUCCCUUGGUGGCCGUCACUCUGGAAAAGGAUUUCGAGCUUGUCUUUCCUGAAAAGGCCCAGGAAUUCCUGCACAACUUCAAACUUGGCCCUGACCAACAAGGUGGUGUCUUGAUACGACCUGAUCAACAUAUCUUACUGGUUUUGGAUGAAGGCACGACCGCUGAAAAUGUCGUGAAUGCUGUCAAGUGCUUUGUGGGAGACGAAUAG